AUGAGAGUGCCACCCCAUGCUAUAAGUAGCGAGGGGGGUCCGGUCAAAGCUGUGAUCCCUGUGCGAUCACCGUCCACUGUGAGCCAGGUGCCUACAUCUCCACUUUCCGGACCUCCAGCGAUGUACGCCUCGGUCAUCGUUCUUGUGUCCGCUUUCUGGAGCGUGGCUACAGUCAAAGCAGCUCCCUCUUCCAUGAAUCCAUCUAUCUUCGCAAGAGAUGAUGACAUUUCCACCAUUCUGAACCCAGCGUCGGUCCUCACAUUAACGGCACCCAUAAUCUCAGACUUUGCUCCAUAUACCGAGUUCGCGCGGGCUGCGUACUGCGCAUCAGACAUAAUCACCGGUUGGCAAUGCGGUGAGGCGUGCGAUGCCAUUCCAGGGUUUGAGCCGACUCUGACCGGUGGUGACGGCGAUGAUAUCCAAUUAUAUUUCGUCGGAUACUGGCCAUCUGAGAAUGCGGUCGUUGUGGCGCACCAAGGAACAGACCCUACUGAGCUGCUAUCGGAUUUGACUGAUGUCGAUAUCAUCACGGAGAAUCUCAACAGCACGCUCUUUCCCGGUGUCUCUUCAGACGUAUGGGUUCAUAGCGGAUUCGCAAAUGAACAGGCGAAAACGGCGGAUAUCAUUCUUCAAGAGACCCAGUAUCUAAUUCAAACUCAAGGCGCGGACACGGUGAUCUUGGUUGGACACUCAUUGGGAGCUGCUAUCGCUGAACUCGACGCAAUGUUCAUGACAUUGAAUUUGCCGUCCAAUAUCGCCAUAAAGGCUCGGACGUAUGGAACACCUCGGGUGGGGAACCCUGCAUGGGCAGAUCUCUUCGACGAAAUGGUUCCAAAUUUCACGCGCAUGAACAACGAGAAGGAUCCUAUUCCGAUUGUUCCAGGUCGUUUCCUUGGUUUCGAGCACCCAGAGACAGAGGUGCACAUUGUAUCCGAAGCCGACAACAAUGUUGUAGCUUGCCCAGGCAACGAUGAUGCCACUGAUGCACAAUGUACGAUUAUGACAGUGCCAAAUGUCCUCGACGGUGAUAUUCUGGAUCAUUUGGGGCCUUAUCCGGGAGGGAUUUACAUUGGUACUAUUUAUUGCACUUGA